AUGAGCCAGACUCGCUCAAAACAAGACCUGGCCCUGUAUCCCGUCGAGGAGGCUGGAACCCCUCGGACUCUUGUCGAUAUCCUGCAGCUCACGACGGAUUUUCACCCCAAUGCAUUGGCCAUCGAUAAUGGCACAAGCCGCCUCACAUAUGCCCAGCUGGCUGAACGGGUUGCCUCUCGCGUCGAGAAGCUUCGAGCUGCCGGCGUUGGAGCGGGGGACCGCGUCGGGGUGCGAGUCACCUCGGGUUCCCUCGAGCUCUACGUGAGCAUCCUCGCAGUCAUGACCGCCGGCGCAGCCUACGUCCCCGUCGACGUGGACGAUCCGGACGAGCGAGCCCAGCUGGUCUGGACGGAAGCCGGCGUCACCGCUGUCCUGGCCGACGCGGAUGCUCUGACCAGACAUAACCCGCCCGUUGGUGGACCUCGGCGGAAGCCAACCGUCGACGAUGACGCCUGGAUCAUCUUCACCUCGGGAUCGACUGGCAAGCCCAAGGGAGUCGCCGUCACCCAUCGCAGCGCUGCCGCCUUUGUCGACGCCGAGUCGAGGAUCUUCCUGCCCAACAAGCCCUUGGGCCCCGGUGAUCGAGUUCUUGCCGGACUCUCCGUGGCGUUCGAUGCUUCCUGCGAGGAAAUGUGGCUCGCCUGGCGGUACGGCGCUUGUCUCGUCCCGGCUCCGCGCGCGCUCGUCAAGGCCGGUGCGGAUCUCGGUACCUUCCUCACCGCCCAGGACAUCUCGGUCGUGUCCACCGUCCCGACCUUGGCCGCGCUGUGGCCCGUCGAGGCUCUCAAGGGUCUGCGACUGCUGAUUCUCGGUGGAGAAGCUUGCCCACCCGAGUUGGCCACCCGGCUUGCCGCCAACGUCGAGUCGGUCUGGAACACGUAUGGCCCCACGGAGGCGACCGUCGUCGCCUGUGCCGCCCCGCUCGUCGCCGGGCAAGCGGUUCGGAUAGGUCUACCCCUCGCCGGUUGGAAGUUGGCCGUCGUGGACCCCGAGGGUCAUCCGGUUCAAUGGGGCCAGGAGGGCGAGCUGGUUAUCGGAGGUGUUGGCAUGGCCCGCUACCUUGAUCCGGAAAAGGACAGGGCCAAGUUCGCCCCAGCCCCCUGCUUUGAUGGCGAGCGAGCCUACCGCAGCGGCGACCUUGUUCGCGCCGAGAGAGACGGCUUGUUCUUCGUCGGCCGCAACGACGAGCAGAUCAAGCUCGGCGGCCGUCGUAUCGAGCUGGGCGAGAUUGACGCUGCCCUGAUGACGCUGCCUGGAGUCAGUGCCGGAGCCAGCGCCAUCCGCCGCAGCGAGACCGGCAACCAGGUCCUCGUCGGCUACGUCGUCCGCAAGAGCCCGCCCCAGGCCAACGACAGGGGCAUUCUCCGCCGCCUGCUGCCCGCAACUCUGGUUCCCAUGCUCGUCACCGUCGACGACUUGCCCGUCCGCACGUCCGGCAAGGUGGACCGCAAGGCCUUGCCCUGGCCGCCGCCCGCUUCGUCGCAUGUCGAUGCCCAGCCCAUCCACGGCACCACCGCGUGGCUCGCCGAGCAAUGGCGGCGCGUUCUCGGCGUGCCGGCGUCGCCGGAUUCACACUACUUCGACCUCGGCGGCACCAGCUUGGCCGCCGCCCAGUUGGUGACGCAGUUGCGGCAGCGAUGCCCUACCAUGUCGGUUGCCGAUGUGUACGAGUACCCGACUCUUGCCGCCAUGGCGGCGCGAGUCGACGACCUUGCCGGCACCAAGCAGGAUGACCGCCUGGUCAAGCCCACCGCCCGCUGGGUCAUGCUCGUCCAGUUCCUCGUCAUCUUUGCCGAGCUCACCUUCAACGGCGGCAAAUGGCUCGCGGGCGUGGCCACGCUCAAGAAGUUUUUCGCCCUGAGGCUGGGACCGGACUCGUGGGCUGGAGCCUAUGCCUGGCCGUGGUGGCUAAUCGCCGUCUUCUGGGCGGUUUUCGUGACCUUUCCCGGACGCAUGCUUACCACGGCACUAGGCGCCCGCAUCUUCACCAUGGGCAUCAAACCAGGCACCUACCCUCGAGGCGGAUCUGUUCAUCUCCGCCUUUGGGCUGCCGAGAGGUUUGUGGGAAUGGCUGGCAUUGCCAGCCUUGCUGGAACUCAAUGGGCGAGGCGAUACGCCCGGCUGCUGGGAUGCCACGUCGGCAAGGGGGUGCAGCUUCACGGACUUGCCCCCGUCACCGGCCUCGCCAGUUUCGGCGCCGGCUGCGCCAUCGAGCCAGAAGUCGACACGGCCGGCUGGUGGAUCGACGGUGACUUUUUGCACAUCGGAUUCAUCACCGUCGGACGGGGUGCCAGAGUGGGCGGUCGCAGCACCCUCAUGCCCGACGCGGUAAUCGAGCCACACGCCGUUGUGGAGCCCGGUACUGUCGUCCAAGGCAUCGUCCGAGGCCCGGAUGCGGCAACGGCCUCGGCGGAUGAGAACCGUCAGCAGCACCUUUCCGAAUGGGCCUUCUUCUCGGGUCUCCGCUACACCGUCACCCUCUUGCUGCUGGACUUCCUUCCCGUCAUCCCCGCCGCACCUGCGCUGGGGUUGACCCCUCUCCUGGUCCGCGAUUACAGCAACUUCCAUCAGCUGGUGGUGGCGGUGAUUGAGCUCACGCUCCCCGGAGCCGUCCUCGGCAUCUUGGCGUACGUCGCAGUCAACGUCAUGAUUGUUCGCUUGGCAAGCCUUUUCCUUCGUCCCGGCUCGUACUCGUGGCACAGCACCACGGCAUGGGCGGCAUGGGUCACCCACUUCGUCAUGAUGAACCUGCGAGCCACCCUCUUCCCGAUUUACGCCAGCUUGAUCACGCCCACGGUUCUGAGACUGUUUGGCGCCCGCAUCGGUCGACACGUCGAGGCAUCCACGGUUGUUCCCAUCCCCUCGUUAUUACGCGUCGAGGAAGGCGCCUUCCUAGCCGAUGACGUCUUGCUGUCCCCGUUCGAACUCGACUCCGGCCGGAUCCGCGUCGGCCCGUCGUCAGUUGGCGUCAAGGCGUUUGUCGGAAACUCGGCCAUGGUUGACCCCGGUGUUGACGUGCCUGAGCGUUCCUUGGUCGGCGUGCUGGGCUUUGCCCCCAAAGACAUGGAAGCUGAGUCAUCGUGGCUGGGCCGCCCAGCCAUCUCAUUGCCUCGGAAGGUGGACACGGACGUGGACGAGUCGCUUACCUUCAAGCCGCCUGCUCGGCUCGUCCUGGCCAGAGGAAUGGUGGAGUCGUGCAGAAUCGUCCCCUUGCUUAUUGGGGCCAUGCUGACGACUUGCGUUGGAACCGGCUCCAUGUGGAUCCUCAUCACAUUCGGCGUCGGGUGGGCCGUUCUCGCCGGCGGCGGUCUCUUGCUUGGCGCAGGCAUCGCGGCGUGCGCCAUGACCACCCUGGCCAAGUGGUUCCUGACGCCCGUCAUCAAGCCCGGCAUGCAGCGCCCCCUGUGGAGCUCGUUUGUGUGGCGCAACGAGCUCGCCGACGUCUUUAUCCAGUCGUUGGCUGUCCCCUGGAUGGCCGGGGCCUUUUACGGCACCCCUUUUCUGAACUGGUGGAUGCGUAGUCUGGGAGCCAAGAUUGGCCACGGCGUGUGGAUAGAGAGCCAUCAUCUGCCCGAGGCUGAAUUGUGCGAGGUCGGCCACGGCGCCACUAUCAACAGGCGGGCGGUUAUGCAAACGCACCUGUUCCACGACCGAAUCAUGCGUCUGGACAAGGUCAUCCUGCAAGACGGAGCCACCCUGGGCCCUCGAGCCAUCGCACUGCCGGCAACGACCAUUGGCGCAGGCACAACUGUUGCGGCGUCGUCGCUCGUCAUGCGCGGAGAGCAGCUGCCAGCAGGCACGCGAUGGAAGGGUAAUCCCGUGCGGCCUUGGGUCGAGGGCAAGAAGCUGGAGAGCUCAGAGAGUUCAGAAGGAUCCGACUGGGAACUACCUUGCCCCGCCUGA